CAACUUCUUCUUUCUCUCUUCAAUUAAGAACGAGCUAUUCUUUGUGUGGCCGUGGAGUAGGCAAAAAUUGCCGAACCACGUAAAUCUUAUCUUGUCUUGUGCAAUUUGUGUUUUUCUCUUUUAAAUAUUUUUCCCUUCUAUUAGCUUGACAGUCUUCCCAACAGUACCAUGGGCUCAUUUUGGCCCCCACACAGAAGUCACCAGCGUCUCCAAAGCAGGAGAUCACAAUCGCGGGAAGACCUUAGUUCUUCACUGGCUGAGGUGCACUAAUCGAAGGUCUAAACCUGACGGCAAUAUAUCUUUCUUGAAGACAAUCAUAGGUGGUAGAAGAAUCCCAACAAUUCAGCCCAAAUUGCCAGGACUAGCGUGUGAAUCUAAUGAAAUAUGGCCUUCUUCUCUUUUAGAGGCACCAUACAACACAUAGCAUAGAUUAGCGCCACAGGGCAUUGAUGUUUGAGAAGAGAACUCCAGUUGAUUAAUCAAUUUCGUGGCUGCAAAGCAUCAGAGAAGUUGUCACAAUGUGGAGCUUGACAAAAAUUUGCACCCAGUGAACGUUGGGGUUAUUAAUUGGACUCUCAACUAUGAUUCAAAUUUGCAAGUCCGGUUUUUGACAUUUUUUGAAAGAGGAACAAAAAUCUCACCAUAUUGAAACCUUGCAAGGUGGCUAUCAUAUGUGCUGCUUCAUAGAAAUGAGGGUAGCUAAGCUUGUUGAGGUUCAAAACGGUAGAAAAAAGAAGUUUUCCUUGACUGAGGCUAAGGUCAAAAAAUUUGGACGCUCAUUUAAGGAAUAUGUUAUUCUCACUAUGUCACAAUCAUUCCCUCGGCCAAUUAUAGAAUCAUGCCAGCAUUAUCUCAGAUCUUUCGUAUGAAAGCAUUGGCACAUGUUAUUACUAGGUGGUUUGAUUAAUCUCUUGCGUACUAGAAUUCAUAAAGAAGAAAACAUUGCAAAUCAAAAGUUUACUUGUGCUGGUGCUUGUACCAAAUCAGUAAAUGUAUCUUUUGUACCUUUUACUCACCUAACUAUGUUUGAUUAGUAUGAAUUUCUACUCAAUUUGGUUCUUACCAAAGUAACUCCUUUCAUCAACAAUUCACCCUAGGUUCUAACCCCUGUUUUCUUUACCAUUUCUUAUGAUAACUCGCAUAGGCAGAUCCAGGAUUUGAAGUUUAUGGGUUCAAAUUCGAUAUUUUACCAUAUUGCAUCUAAUUUACUGGGUUCAAAAUCUAUUUUUGCAACUUAUUUAGCUGGAUUUUUAACACCUAUACAGAGCCUAAGCCGUAGUUACUGGGUUCAGGUGAACCCAUAACUUCUUCAUCGACUCCGCCCCUGAUAACUCGUGAAGUUGGAAGCAGUCGUUAGCCCACGGGUAAGAAAUUGUUAAACUCAGGCUUGCUCACACCUUUUUACACACACUUAAAAUUUUCAGUUUCAUUAAUCUGAACACGUAGUACAGGUCCUUUCUUUUUUUUCACGCCAAAAAUGAUGUUUACACACACCUAAGUUGAGAAUUUGCACAUACCUCGGGUAUCUGUAAAUAGGGAGACGUGCCUCUCCAAUUCUAGAGCUCUUUCACCAAGUUUCUCAAAUCACAUCCUCUCGUAUUUCAACUGAGAGUCUUUCGCAAACCUAAACAAGAAAGUGAUUACUUUUUCAUUUGUUCUAAUGGACUAUUAUGUUUCGCAAUGUGUAUAUUGUUUCUUCUUAGUUCCAACUUUUUUCUGCCAAUACCAAUAUUUCAUGAAAAAUUCAAAUUUCCUAUUUCAUCAUUUGCCAACUUUUCCGUACAAAAAAAAAAGAAAAGGGAAAUUUACGUUUGCCAAACAAAGCUUACAACUUAAAAGAUAUUUUAACCCAAAAUAAAAGUAUUGCAAUGUGUAUACGGUUGAAACCGGACUCAUCUAUUGCAAGACAGACCGGGGUUGAAAUAGGAUGGGUUAAAGAUCGACACCGGAUUGUAUCGAGCCAAGAUACGAAGUUAGAGCAUGCGUCUUCAAGAUCAUCGAGCCCAUAGCUCCGGAACUGACCCCAACUCCGACCAAGCUCAAGGAAAUAUUAUCGGACCGAAUGACGGAAGACCAAAAUAUCCGUAACCGGCGCAUAUCACUGUGGGAAUCUCGCCACGUAUCAACGAGCGGCCGAAUAAUUAGCAAACCAUGAGAUUUCUUACCUUUUGUGGAAUUGUAUCUAAAGUAGGACUCCCCUCGAGUACAAUCUCACCAUGUUUGAAAAUCAAGCAACCUCCAGUGUGCCUGACAACAAUGUGAUUGAGUCCUCACCAGUCAGCAUUCCAGCGGUGAACUCCUCCCCCAACACAAUCACUAGUCUAAACCCUAAAGCAGAGUCUCCUCCACACUCCACUCCCUCUCCUACCCACUCCGACUCUGUUCCUUGUCUAAGCAAGGCUAAGAAUGUCUGUCCUCCUCCAGUCUCACCGGUUAAACAAAGUAAACAGGGUAAACGAGGGAACCUCGUUCAGGAAUCUUCAACUCUCUCCAUGGUUGGGCACUCGAGUGAAGAUCCAGUGAUUAGUCAUGAAGAGACUGAGACAACCAUGACAGGCCACGGUUAUACAGGUAUCACUCCCUCUGCUGAAAUUUCCAUGAAACCACAAGAAAGAGAGGGGCUAGAAAAUAUGCUUUCCAUUGCUUCAGAAGGGAUUGUUGUAGAGGAAGGUGGAGAUGUGUCGUGAGUUUCACGGGGAAGAGCUUCAGUCCACAGAAGACUGGGGAGAACUUGUUCUUUUUGAACAAUCUACUCAAGAUGAAACUACUGGGGUCCCAAGUGAUGAACCUGAUCCCUCCAAGGAGGAUCCAGGUCAGGGGUCAUCUCCCCAGGCCAGUGUUAAUCCUGCUCCUUCUCCCCACUUCUAUGCUGAGCCUCUGAAUAUGGUGGUGCCUGAGACGAAUUCUAAUAGUGAAGAAGACGCAGAUGAUUUGGCAUAUGUUAGUUUUAUCAGGGCUAGGAAUAAGUCAGUUGCAGCUCCAGAGUCAACCCCUAAGCGACCCAUUACUCGGUUGCAGCAAAGGGAGGCUUGGGAGUCUACUCUCAAGAAGAGUCAAAGGAGCAAGAGAAAGAAAAGGCUGGUAAAGGAUGGAAAAGUUGUGCAUGAAAAGGUCGUCCCUGUGGUAAAUGUGGAUGAGGAAGCUGAAGAGGAACCUAGUUCCUUAACCCACAAGUUCUCAAAGCAGAAGCACUCUCAUUCUCAAUCAAUAAGGCACACUUCUACACAUGCUGAAGGUCCUUCCAAGAGUGCUAAUGCUACUUCCAGUGAAAAGUUGGUGAAAAUUUCUGGUGAUAAGACAGUGAAAGAGAGUGGUGACGCGUCUGAUAAUGAAAAAGUUGAAAAAUCUGGUGAACUUGUGCAGAAAAAGUCAAUGGAGAAGGGAAAGUCUGUUCGCAAGUCAGUAAAAAGAGAAAUGGAUGAUGAUGAGGAACCUGGUUCCAUCAAAAAAGCAAAAGUUAGUGAGUCUCCGAGUUCUGAGAAAAGGAAGUUGAGAAAUCAGAAAGUACUGUGGGCUCGCACAUUUGCCUCUAACAUUCUAGUUUUUGCUGGGAUGAGACAAUUAAUGGACAUUUGUGAUUCUCAACAAUGGACCAAUCUGUUUAGAAAUGAGGUUCCCAAAGUGUAUGAAGAAGUGGUACGGAGUUUCUAUACCAGCCUCUUCACAGUAGAAGGUGAUCAAAUCUGUGUGUUGAUAAAUGGGGUGGACAUAGUGAUGGACUCUGCCUUAUUGGGGUCAAUUCUGGAUGUUCCUGCCGAAGGACUGUCGUCUGCUCAGGGUUCCUGUACAUCAAACUUCAGAAAUGUCAUUGUCAAGGACAAGGCAAUACAGCAUGGGGAAUAGGUGCAUAAGAAGGCACUCCUUCCAGUAUAUCAGUUGCUCUUUGAGAUGGUUAACAAAGUGUUGCUUCCGGGCGCUGAGAGAAGAUCUGUUGCAUCCAAAGCUGACCUAUUCCUUAUGGAAGCCUUGGAUAAUUUUACCACCAUCAAUUUGCCUGCCAUAAUGAUUGAUUAUAUGCAGAAGAUAGAAAACCUUAAGGAUGGGAAUCCUUGACUACCCUAUGUUUUUCUUCUCACAAAGGUCUUGAGUUCUUCAAGGUACCUCUGGGACAGGCCAAAGUGGGCACUAAAAAGCAAUCCUUUUCAGAAACUACUCUUGAGGAGUGUGAGUGCAUUGACAAGGUCGGGGAGGAGUUGAAAGCACUUCCACUAUUUCUCAACUGAUAAAUGCUCAGAACAGUACCACAGAGGGGAUCAGGAAGUUGAAGGCUAGGAACGAAAUUCUUGAGAGUCAGCUCAGUCAGUUACAAGAGGCACCUGGUUCUAGUAGUUCUCAUAGCUCAGAAGUUGCACGCCUAACAAAGGAGAAUACUGAACUUAGAAAACAGGUGUAGGACCUGAAAGAAAGAUUGCUCAAUGAGCAAAUGUCCACGAAUGCUCGCAUGGAUCUUGUUCUCCAAACCCUUGCUGCCUCUUCCAAGCCCUCUUCCUCCAGUGUCCCCAAAAGAAUGUCCCAUCAGUGUCCAUCUUCUUAAGUUGUGUUUGGUGAUGUAUUUUUUGUUUGUUUCUGGCAAUUGUUUUUUGUUUGUUUUAAACUAUGGAUGAAAACAAUGAUUCUGCUCCCGCCUGUAAAAGUCCAAAUCUGGCUAAUGAAAGUGAUUUCCUUUUUGCUGUU